AUGGUUGCCGCAAAAAGCCAUGUUCCGAUCGUCAAGAAGCGCACGGCGCGCUUCAACCGCCAUCAGUCCGACCGCUUCAUGUGUGUCGACCCGAGCUGGAGGAAGCCCAAGGGUAUCGACAACCGUGUGAGGAGACGGUUCAAGGGCCAGGCUGCUAUGCCCAAGAUCGGCUACGGCAGCAACAAGAAGACCCGGCACAUGAUGCCCUCCGGCCACAAGGCCUUCCUUGUGAACAACACCCGCGACCUCGAGCUUCUCCUCAUGCACAACAAGACCUACGCGGCGGAAAUCGCACAUGCAGUCUCCUCCCGCAAGCGGAUAGAGAUCGUGUCACGAGCGAAGCAGCUCGGCGUCAAGGUCACGAACCCCAAGGCCAAGAUCUCGUCCGAAUCAUGA